AUGUCAUCGGUUGUUGCUUCUGUAGGUCAGCGCUUUAUCCAACUUCUAGAAGACCCUAGGCGGGCUGCUUGUUGUGUGGUAGACCUGCCCUAUGGCCAGGACAGUGACGAUCUGGCGGCGCGAAACUGUCUGGUGGGCGAUCAGUACACCAUCAAGGUGGCUGACUUUGGUUUGGCACGCUACAUGCAACUGCAUGAGGACACCUACACCGCUCGUAAUGGGGCCAAAUUUCCCAUCAAAUGGACCGCUCCCGAGGGGCUCGCCUACUUCCGCUUCUCCUCAAAGUGA